GAAUCGGCUCACAACUCACAGAGUCACAGGGGGGAAAAACAAGCUCUUCUCUCCGUUCUCGUUUCGCCGCCGGCUUCGGAGUUGUCCUCCUCCUCCCUCGGUUCCCUCCUCGAGAGAAGAUGAGAAGGCGCUACUAGCUAGGGGCUGCUCGAUUCCAAUCAGGACCAGGGUUUAGGCGAUGAUGGCGUGGAGGCGACUGGCGAGCGACGCCGCGGCGGCGCACCUCCGGCGGGGCGCCUCCUCCUCCUCCUCCUCUUUCGCGCCCGCCCGCGGCUUCUCCGCCUCCUGCACCCCUUCCGCCGCCGCUAACCCUACUCUUCCUGGCAGGCACGCAUUGCAGAGCGUUUGGUCCCGGUUUAGGAGUUCGAGCCCCGCGUUUCAAGCUCGGUUCCCAGCUCUGCUUUCGGCAAGGGUGCCUCCUGGAGUUCGUCCCAAGUUAUCAGGUCUGCUGAAGGGAUUUGGGGCCGGUGGCACCGCGAUUGCUGUGAUGCUCUAUCCGAGAAACGUUGCUUAUGCUCAAGAAGAACAACUGGCAAGGCGCCCAUCAAAAGAUAUCACUACACUCUCACCAUAUUCAAAACAGGUGCUUGCCAAAUUGUGGAAUUUGGUCAGGAAAUUUCAGCUGCCGGUUGGCUUGAUUCUUUUGAUUGUGUAUGGUUGGCGGAAACCAAUAGUUCUCGUCAUCAAUACUUUGCUUCUUCUCUAUUCUUCAAGGCCGGACCCCUAUUCCAUAUACUUGUUUCUUCAGGAGAUUCAUCAAGGGAAGGUGUGCCAAAAUCCUGCAUUAUGGAAGGACGAGUUUAUGCAGACAAGAAAAGUUGAUACUGAAGACUACAAGUUCUUUUCUAUUGGAACAGUUGAACUAAAGGACAGAACAGAACUGCAUGUAAUUGGAAUUCUGGGAAAUUGGUGGAUCUAUCAUGUGUCAUAUGCCAAGAGAGUGGAGCUGCUGUAGUAUAAUUUCUCAUCCCAAAGACCGGAUUGAUUAACAGCAUCUAUGUAGGCUUUUUUUGCAUUUGGUGAACUGUAACUCUGAAUGUUCCAUAGCACCACCUUUUCAUGUAAUGCUAAAACACUUUAACACAACAAGUUUGUUUGGAGAUCUAGCUCUCUGGUCAUCUAUGGAAUCUAUUUGAUGGAUGCAUCGAUUAA